UCUAAUUUUUAUUCAUAACAUUAACAACAAAAAUUCCAUUCAUGGCCGAUUUUCAAGAGCAAUUGAGAAAAUAUCGACAAAAGAAGCAAACAAGAGAAAUAUUAAAUAACUUAAAAUCUAAUAUUAAAAAAUUUUGGAUGCUAGGCACGGGUGAAGACCAACUUCAGGGAAAAUGUCAAACAUCUAUCGACAUUAAGCCAAUCAAAACCGUAUAUACUGAAUCUUCUAACGUCAAUGAAGCGAUUGAUGAAUACGUGUCAUCAAGUGAGGAAGAGCAAUUGUCAGAGGGAAACCUAAAUACGAACGUCGGGAAUGAGAAUAAGUGUUUAAAAUACACACUUUGGAGUGUAUAUUCUCUGUUGUGGGUUACAUUGUACGUGAUAGCAAUUGAGCUAAAAUUUGGGAUGGUCUUUUUAAUGUUAUCUGCAUUAUUUGGAAUAUAUUUCAACACAAGAACUGGCCCAAAGAAAUGCAAUGAAAUAAGUGCCUACAGUAUUUUUAACAAAAAUUGUGAAAGUAUAGAUGGUACGCUGAAGGCGGAACAAUUUGAAAACGAAAUUCGCUACGGCUUUGGGAGUGUGCGAUAAUAUCCCUUCUCGGAGCAUUAAAAGCUUCAUACAUUGGCGAUUAUUGAUUGGAAUAUCCUUUAAUUCAAAAACAAUCAACUUAAUCAAAAGAAAUAAAAACCGAUAUGUGACUAAAUGUUAAAAAUUCAGUUUUGGGAACACAUAAAUGUAUUUAAAAUGUAAA